GAGAGAUAUUUAAGAGUAUAUCAAAGCUUAAUAUCAUAUCAAUCUAUGGCUGUAAGCUUACUAGUUUUAAAUUUGUCUCACAUUUAAACCCAAACAUGGUCGUGUAUUUGGAAAACCCGUCAAUUCACAGGUGUUAACCCGUCAGCACCUGAUUAUAGAUCUUUAUAGUUCGGUUACCGCUAUAGUACAUGUAUAACCGCUUGUUAUUUCAUUUUAAAUUCAUGUCUCACUAAUUAACUCUUUGUAUAAAAGGGUUUUUAUAUUUUUUACCUUUAAAACAUCUUAAUAUUCCUUCUUAAGUUCUUUUUUCAUUGACGUACUGUACCAUAUACGCUAAAUGGAUGAUCGUUUUCUUCUAUAUAUAAACUGAAGAAGAAAGAAAGAAAUAUCAAGAAGUACGUGAAUGACAGUACAUCUGAUAAAAAAAAUGUUCUAGAAUUCUCCAUAAAAUUUCCAGCAAUCGAUUAUUUUUCUAAGAUGGAUGCCAUUCGUAAGUUCAGUUUGGAGUACUGCGAUCUGACGACUAUGCUCAGCAAUGUGGCUGUGCUGCUGAGGUUCCUGACUGUUAAUAUAGACAGCAAGUACCAUGAAGGUAUCCCCUUCAUCUGCUACCUGGUCUCCAUCGUGACGGCCGCGUGCUACUUCUACGUGUACCUGUUCAGCAUGGCGUGGUUCGUGUUCUGGCGCUGCCGCAUCACGGGCGAGCUGGUGGCGGCCAUGGUGGUGCUGUCCCUCGGCAUCUCCAGCGAGAUCGGAACCCUCAAGCUGCUGUAUAUGUGGGUUUAUAUUGACAAAUACAAGAAGAUAGCUGACGACUACUUGGAGUGCGACUCGCAGGUGGUCCAGGGCAGCCGUUUCCAGGCGAACCUGCUGAAGUCCCUGAGGAACGUGAAGAAGCGCGCCAUCAUCUACUGGAUGGUGCUGGUCGGGAACGGAGUGCUGUACCUCAUGAAGCCCAUUGUGAUGUCCGGGAGGAACCUGCCGGAGAACUACUACGUUAUUUAUGGUCUUGAACCAAUGUUCGUAACUCCAAACUACGAGAUCGCUUAUCUUAUGACGAUCGCUGGAAUAUUCUUCAUUUGCUAUCCUCCAGCAACCGUGACUGCGUAUCUCAUCGUCAUUACAGGCUACACAGAAUCACAGAUGCUGGCUCUGAGCGAGGAGAUGCUGAACGUUUGGCCCGACGCCGUCAAAGACGCGAGGUCACAAAUAGAAGAGACUAAUUCUAUAGCAAACUUCAAUGAAUAUGAUCAUGAGACCAAGCUUAUCAUUAAUAAGUAUCUAGCAAAGCGGCUAAAGGAGAUCGUGGCUCGGCAUUCGAUUGUCAUCAAUUUGCUGCGACAGGUGGAGAGCGUGUUCAGAGGAGCGAUAGCCAUGGGCUUCGUCCUGUUGAUACUUGGACUGAUAGCAGAACUGCUUGGGAAGUUAGAGAACACGUACCUUCAGAUGCCUUUCGCAUUCAUGCAGGUGGCAAUGGACUGUUUCUCUGGCCAACGCCUCAUGGAUGCCAGCAUCGUCUUCGAAGCUGCAGUUUACGACUGUAAAUGGGAGAAGUUCGACAAGGCCAACAUGAAGAUGGUGCUGGUGAUCCUGCAGAGCUCGCAGAAGACCAUGACGCUGUCCGCUGGCGGCAUCAGCAUGCUGAGCUUCAGCUGUCUCAUGUCUGUUACUAGGGGAAUCUACUCUGCCUACACCACACUUAGGUCGGCCUUGUAAAGUAUGACAAAUGAGGA